AUGUUAACAAUACCACCUCGUACGUCGCACAGGACCCAACCCCUGGAUCUUACACUAUACAGUCCUUUGAAAGCAGCUUUGUAUAAAGAAUGUGAUGCCUAUAUGAAACUCCAUCAAUAUGGAAAACUAACGUCACUGCAACUGAUUCCACUGUUCACUCAAGCAUAUUCGAAGGUAGCUAAUGUAGGAAAAGCAGUAAGCAGAUUCCGAGCAUCAGACAUUUGGCCCUUCAAUCCAAACGUGUUCAACCAAUUGAUACAAGAAGGAAAUGAAAAAUCUCCUGACAGGAUUUCCGCUGAACAGGCUAUUGCAAGAUAUCAGGAUGGAGCCAGAAAAUUUAGAUGUCUGCUUUACUAGACACUCCGAUGGACUUUAAUGAGAGGUCGUAUUUAGUACCUACAAAUACAGACUCAAAUGAAUCCGCUGAUGAUACAUGCCUGUCAAAAUCAGGAAUCCAAUAUUCGUUGCUUCCUGAAAAUCCAUAACCAGAUGCAGUUCAUAAGUCUCUUCCGUCAACAUCAUCUCAGGCAGGAAUUCAGCAUGCCACUUUUUGUGACUCCUGUGAGAAAUAAAUCAUUUGAACACGUAAUACCUUUUAGUGAAAUAUCACCAUCUCCUGAAAAGAAACACAUUUCAAAAGGGAAAGGUAUAGGUGAAAGGACUAAACAACAAUCAAAAUUACUUACUUC